AUGGAUAAAGACAGUUGUCCAAUAACGUGUUCUGUUACGAUCGAAUGGACAAAUUCUCAAGGUUCGAUGCUAAAGAAGUCAAAUCAUAGGACAGCAUCGUUACGUUUAAUUCGAAAUAAUUUUCGUGAAAUGUUUGUGGAAGUGUGUGCAGAAAAAUCGAAUGCAACGACAAAGCUAUCGUUGAAAUCUAUCUCGGUUUUUAACAAAUUUAUGACCGAAGGAAAAGCUACCAUUAUAUUUAAGAAAGAAAAUUGUACGUUAUUCUUAUCGAAUGCACCGACAGCUCAGUUGAUUAACUUUUUGAAAACGAUAUACGUUAAAGUGACAGGCCAAUCGGAGCAGGCGGGAAAAAAUCUUUUGAAAGAAAAACUACUUUCUGACAAAUCGUUGGGUGGUGUGCAAGAAAUUAGUCCUGCAACAAGUACAGAAACUAAUAAAGCUAAAGAAAAGGCUAUCAAUGUGUCGCGUGCAACGAUUACGACACCAUCCCCUAGCGCGACAAGGAAGAGAAAACGAACCGAUGAAAAUACAUCGAAGCCGCCCACAGCGAAGAAACUUUACGAAAAUCCGACUACAGGACAGAUUAGCGAAGAACAAGCAAAAAUUCUGCAGACAAUCCUUAAUGGGAAAAACGUAUUUUUUACUGGCAGUGCAGGCACCGGAAAAUCGUUCCUAUUGAAAAAAAUAAUAGCAGCCCUCCCUCCCGACGUGACAACUGCUACAGCAAGUACCGGUGUAGCGGCGUGUCAUAUAGGCGGAAUAACUUUGCAUCAGUUCGCGGGAAUUGGACUGGGAACCGCGAAUUUAGAAAGAUGCUAUCAGAUGGCUUCUCGUAACGCUAUUCAAUGGAGAAGAACGAAACAUUUGAUCAUUGACGAAAUUUCUAUGGUCGACGGAGAAUAUUUUGACAAGAUCGAAGCAGUGGCCAGACACAUUCGUAAAAAUGAACGACCAUUCGGCGGAAUACAAUUGAUACUAUGCGGAGACUUUUUCCAAUUACCUCCUAUCUCCACAAAAGACAGAAAGGCAAAUUUCUGUUUCAAUAGUAAUAUGUGGGAAAAGUGUGUACAUUAUAAUUUUGAGUUACAAACUGUUUACAGGCAAAGGGACCCUAAGUUUAUCAGUAUUUUAAAUAAUAUCAGAAUAGGUAGAGUUACAGAUGAAAUUACAGAAAUUCUUAAAGCUACGGCUAAACAAAAAAUAGAGAACAAUGGUAUUUUAGCAACAAGACUUUGUUCUCACGUGAAAGAAGCUGAAGAGAUCAAUGAAUUUCAACUGAACGAAUUAAAGGGUGAGCAGAAAAUUUAUAUGGCUCAAGAUUCUGAUCAAGGAAUGACUACAGUAUUAAAUCAACAAUUAAACGUUCCUAGUAAAUUAAUAUUGAAAGUAGGUUGUCAAGUAAUGUUGUUGAAAAAUAUAAAUGUUUCCAAUAGUUUGGUAAAUGGAGCAAGGGGUAUAGUCACUAAAUUUCAAGGCAGUGUACCGGUAGUUCAAUUUAAAUCAGGUGCACCGUAUCCUGCAAAGCUAGAGAAAUUUCAUUUAAAAACAAACACAGGAACUGUUCUUUAUAGAAAGCAGAUCCCGUUAAAAUUGGCAUGGGCUUUCUCCAUUCAUAAAAGUCAAGGCUUAACUUUAGACUGUGUUGAAAUGUGCCUUGCCAGAGUCUUCGAUGCCGGUCAGUCGUAUGUAGCCCUUUCAAGGGCGCAAAGCCUGCAAUCUUUGCGGGUUCUAGAUUUUAACACUCAACAAGUAUGGGCUCAUUCUGAUGUGCUGACAUUUUAUAAGAAAUUUAGAAGGAACGUACAAGAAAUGGAAAUGAUCCGUUUAGGAGGAAAGCCGAAGGUCUAUAUUUCGUAA